UAUUAGUAAUAACGACCAAUAACAGACGUCCUGACGACGUCGCCUCGACGUCCUGUGUUAGCUGGGCCGUUGAUUUCUGUUGAUUUCAUACAGCACUUUUUAAAUUAACCGACUCACAAGCAUACACGCAUUCUUAGUCUCAAGCAAAGUAGUAAGUAGUCUCAAACCAUCCACCUGCGCCAUUGAUCUCAUCCGCACCAGUUUUUUCAAGAAUGUCUACUCGUUUUCCAUCCACUCUCAAGUAGGGAGGGCAAAGUGGAGCUUCAGAAUGUAGACCGGCUGUGCACGAUUUACAUUACCGUCCAGCCCCCUCGAGUGGAAAUAUUAAGAAGGAAGUGGCAGUGGAACUCACUGAAGAAGCCACACAGUUUCAUUGCAGAAUGGAACGUCCUCUCCUCAUUGUUGCUCUGUUUCUCUCCACCACCCCAGUUUCCAGAGCUGAAGAGGAUUUGUUUGUGCUUAAGGGAGACUCUGUUCGUCUGGAUGUGAAGAGACAUGAAGAACUACAGUUUCACGGCAUAUCAUGGAGGUUUAAUGACAAUACAAGGAGAGUGGAUUACAAUCGGAAACAUCAAUUUACAGACAAAUUUGAAAACAGUAUUAUGUCAGAAUUUGAUAAUACAAGCUUCUCUCUGCUACUGAAGAAUGUGACGCAGAACAGCAGUGGGAUCUACACAGCAAUGAUAACAGAUGGUGGAGGACAGAAGAAAGCUGUUGCUACCUACAGGCUCACAGUUCAAGAGGCCCCGCCCAUACCCCAGGUGAGCAUGGCAUUACUCUCCUCUGAUGGAGGGGUCUGUAACAUGUCGGUGAACUGCUCUGCUGAAGACACCUGGGCCAGCUACACCUGUGACCACGCCCACUGCACACAGGUAGAGAAUACAACCUCGCCGACAGGACUCAACCUCAUCGUCACGGCAACCAACAACACCAUCCACUGCAACAGCAGUAACCGGGUCGCCACAAAGACGCAAUCAAAUUCCACAAAGGACAUCUGUCCACCGGAAGGACCAGGGGGCAUUUCUUCAGCCAAACUCAGAAGCAUCCGCACCACUGGCAACCUGAUCAUUGUCAUCAUCAUCAUCAUCGUCAGCGUCAUUUUGUGCAGAAGAAAUAGGAGGGCCCACGGAAGUACAGUACAACACUGAAUAUGCGUCUGUUCAGG